CCCCUCGCUGCUGCUCCAGCGCGGUGCUAUGCUCUCUCCUGCACAGUUCAACACUCGGAUCCAUCGUCGGAGGCGCAACGUUUCACAGGAGAGUUUACAGCGCGUACGCGCUUCCUGUUCAAGACUACGUUGUUGUUAGCAUGAAGCUAGCAAAUGAAAUCUAUGCAUAAUGACGAAACUGGGUAUUAUACGCGAGGACGGUCGAUAAAUAUACGUCAGAUUUUGUGCGACAGCACCAAGACGAAAACCAUAGAGGGAACAGUGUGUCUUUUGACCGUAAACCCCGCCUGAAGACAUCAGCGAAAUGUCGCUGAGUUCAGGCGGGUGGACGAACCCCCAAACACCAGCUCCGUCCUCCUCUCUUCCCGGCUAUGGAGCCUCACAAUCUGGCUGUAACACUGUGUUGAUGUCGGUGCGGGUGUCAGUAUGCCACUCUGGUAUACGACCGCUCUGUCUUCCAGGGGCAGGCGAUGAGUCUCUUCGGCUUCAGCUUAGCAUGGACCCGGGGAAAGCAGGGGAAUUCCGCUUGAUGUUAAGGGACGCUAACGGAACCACUGGUCGAAGUGUGUCCAUCGCAGAGUUUGACCUCAGGACACUCCGUUACGAGGUGAAGUCGCCACGUUGUCAUGAGUUGAGCCUUGCGAUACCCCCACAUGACCGCAUCACCUUUAACUUUCGCUGUGAGCGAGAGGCACAGGAGUGGGCUACGGUUGUGAUGUCAUCACUUAGGGAGGCACACCGAGUGGCAGAUGGCUCAUCUCAAGGUGAUGGACAACUGGCGCUUGAGCCUCUAGAACCCAACCCAACAUCUACCUCCUUACCCAGCACAGAGGAGAUGUGUGUGGAGCUGUCCCGGGCCAUCGAGGCAGGUGAUACUCAAGCGGCCUCAGUGUGUGCUGCAUCCCUGGCGCGCAAGCAGAUGCCACUGAGAAUUCAGCCCUCUGAGAAAAACUAUGAAGAUGCAGAGAUAAACCUGGCAGUUGUUGUGGAGGAUGCCUCCUCGUCCUGCUGUGUCACAGUGAAAGUCUUCCCCCACACCACUGUCGCCGCUCUCAAGCAACAGGUGUUUGUCGAGUAUGGCUUCCACCCACGUGUGCAGCGCUGGGUGAUUGGCCAGUGCCUGUGCACCGAGCUGCGCUCAUUGGCCUCCUACGGCGUGCGUCAGCACGGCGACACGGCUUUCCUCUACCUGCUCUCGGCUCAGCAGGCCCACCUGAGCCGGCAGCAAUGCCAGCAGGACCAGGAGAGCACCCUGCUCUCCACGGCCGCGUCCCUCACCCCCAUGGCCAUCCCUCCCGCUCCCUCAGCCUCACCCAGCAACGGGCCUGCCUCACAGCUCUGGAGGGGCUACAGCACCCUGCCCCCCAGGCUGGGCCACAACAUCGCAGGUAGUGUAGCAGCAAAUGCAGAGAGAUUAGGCAUUGGUGAAAUCCGUGACCUGAUCCACCUGGAGAUGCCUCAGCUCAAUGAAGCCCUUGUGUCCAACAAAGACAACAACCAGAUGGGCUGGCCCUGUCCCUCCUGCACGUUCAUCAAUAAGCCGACUCGCCCUGGCUGUGAGAUCUGCAGCACUGACCGGCCGGAGAGCUACACCGUCCCUGGGAGUUACAGACCAGACCCGAUGGAGCUCCGCCGCAUCCAGCAGGAGAAAGAAGCUGUUCGACAGUACCAACAGGCCAGAGAGGCAGAGCGCCGGGACAAUUUUGCCCGUUUGGUGCAGAUGGACGGCCAGGACCUGGUACCGAACCCCGACAGCGUGGACUGCAGGAUCUGCUACCAGGAGCUGCAGCCAGGGGAAGGGGUGCUACUCAGAGAGUGUCUGCACUGCUUCUGCAAAGAUUGUCUACGCUCAGUGAUCAAGAUGUCCGAAGAUCCCCAGGUGGCAUGUCCAUACCGUGACGAUUUGUACGCCUGUAACUGCACUCUACAGGAGCGGGAAAUACGAGCGCUGGUGUCGGUGGAAGAGUAUGAGCAGUGGUUGCAGAGGGGCCUCUCUGUGGCCGAGUCGCGCUGUGAGGGUAGCUACCACUGCGCCACGCCUGACUGCCUGGGCUGGUGUGAGUACGAGGACACGGUCAACACAUUUCACUGUCCUGUGUGCAGAAAGCACAACUGCCUCCUCUGCAAGGCCAUUCACGAAGGGAUGAACUGUAAGCAGUACCAGGAUGAUUUGGCCGCCCGGGCCAGUAAUGACAUUGCAGCACGAAGGACUAGAGACCUUCUAAAGACUCUUGUCCGGUCUGGUGAGGCCAUGCACUGUCCUCAGUGUGGCAUCAUUGUGCAGAAAAAAGAAGGCUGUGAUUGGCUGCGCUGCACGGUCUGUCACACAGAGAUCUGUUGGGUCACUAGAGGCCCACGAUGGGGACCUGGGGGCCCUGGGGACACCAGUGGGGGAUGUCGCUGCAACGCUAAACAACGCUGCCACCCCAAGUGUCAGAACUGCCACUGAGUGCAAGACAAACCAAAGCUCACAAUGAGUAUUACUAGCAAACCCAGACAGACGUUGUAUAGAUGAAUACUGCACUGACUGUUCACUUACACAGCCAUACACAGGCUGUUUUAACCUGUUAACUCAUCAAAAACAAGAGCCAUGGCGUUACUGAUCCAUGACAACAAGUGUCCUUGCUAACCCCUGCUAUGAGCUUGGGUUUUUAAGGCAGCACAUUGCACAGCAAACUGGCCAAGAGAUGCAUGCCUCCUUUGUGCACAUGGUUGCACUCUUGGGUUUUUAAUCAACAAAUUAACUUAAUUGAUUUUUUUUAUUAUAAAGUCUUCUCAUAUUAUGUGCACUUUCUCUGGCUGAGGAGGACCUUCCUCUAUCAUUCAGCAUGUGGAGCACUGUUGUAGUCUUGACUGUUCAAUGGUCCUUCACCUUGUUGUUGACCUAAUCUUAUGGAUAGGAUUUCUUCAGUGAAUUGGUAUGCAACAAGUGACUGAGUGUUGUGUGUGAGAGUUUUGCCCUGUGUUUUUACCAAAGCCUGUUAAAAUCAAGGAGAGUGCCAUGAAAGGAUCAGGUUUUUGUGUGUACAGUCAGGCUUUAGAUGAGCUCCUCAGGGCUGACUGAUUUUACCAGUGUGCCUUAAUACAAGUCAGUGUGGUAUUGGUGGCGGCUAACUUUAUAUUUCAUUUAAUAAUAUAUGCAUAUAUUUAAAUAUCUCCAACAUUUACCAGACUGUACUCAUGUAAUGCAAUAAACGGUUACUGCCACUCUGGAAA